UGCUCCGCCCCGCGGAGCCUCCGGAGCUGGUUCCCUCGCCCUCGCCGGCGCCAUGGACCGAGGCCGGGUGCUGGAGCAGCUGCUUCCAGAGCUCACGGGCCUGCUCAGUCUCCUGGACCAUGAAUACCUCAGCGACACUGCCCUGGAGAAGAAGAUGGCUGUGGCCUCCCUCCUGAAGAGCCUGCAGCCCCUCCCAGGAAAGGAAGUCUCCUACCUGUAUGUGAACACGGCUGAUCUCCAUUCAGGGCCCAGCUUUGUGGAGUCACUCUUCGAAGAAUUUGACUGUGACCUGAGUGACCUUCGAGACAUGGCAGAGGAUGAAGGGGAGCCUGAAAAAGGAGUCAGCCCUGAGCCAGCCAAGAGCCCACCCUUGGGAGCAGCAAUGGACCUGCCCCCACCCCUCCCCAACAGGCCUCCACCUGAGGACUAUUAUGAGGAGGCUCUUCCACUGGGGCCUGGAAAGGCCCCUGAGUACAUCAGCUCUCACAAUGGCUGCAGCCCAGCUCACUCGGUUAUGGAUAGUUACUACGAAGAUGCGGAUAGCAGCUACCCUGCCACCAGGAUGAACGGGGAGCUGAAAGCCUCCUACAAUGAUUCCGAUGCCAUGAGCAGCUCCUAUGAGUCCUACGAUGAGGAGGAGGAGGAUGGGAAGGGGCCGCCGCCCCCACACCAGUGGCCCUCAGAAGAGGCCUCCAUGCACCUGGUGAGGGACUGCAGGAUAUGUGCCUUUCUGCUUCGGAAAAAGCGCUUCGGGCAGUGGGCCAAGCAGCUGACCAUCAUCAGGGAUGACCAGCUCCUGUGCUACAAAAGUUCCAAGGAACGGCAGCCACACAUGCGGCUGGCUCUGGAGAGCUGCAGCGUCGUCUACGUGCCCAAGGAUGGCCGCCACAAAAGGCAUGAGCUGCGCUUCUCCCAGGGUGCUACUGAGGUCUUGGUGCUGGCGCUACAGAGCCGGGAGCAGGCCGAGGAAUGGCUGAAGGCCAUCCGAGAGGUGAGCAAGCCCAUCGGGGGAGCAGAAGGAGUGGAUGUGCCCAGAUCUCCAGCCACCCAGUGUAAGCUGGACCUGGACAAGAGGCUGUCCCAAGAGAAGCAGACCUCAGACUCUGACAGCCUGGGAGUGGGCGACAACUGUUCCAGUCUUGGCCGUGAACAUGGGAAAGGGAAGAAGAGCAGCCUGGCAGAGCUGAAGGGUUCCAUGAGCAGGGCUGCAGGCCGCAAGAUCACCCGCAUCAUCAGUUUCUCCAAAAAGAAGGCACUGGUUGAUGACCUGCAGACAUCCUACACCGAUGAAGAGGUUCCAUGCUGCGGCUAUCUGAACGUGCUGGUGAGUCACAGCUGGAAGGAACGCUGGUGCCGCCUCAAGUGCAAUACUAUGUAUUUCCACAAAGACCGCACUGACCUGCAUACCCACGUGAAUGCCAUCGCUCUCCGUGGCUGUGAGGUGGCACCAGGCUUUGGGCCCAGGCACCCAUUUGCUUUCAGGAUCCUGCGCAAUCGGCAGGAGGUCGCCAUCCUUGAGGCAAGCUGCUCCGAGGACAUGGGCCGAUGGCUGGGUCUGCUGCUGGUGGAAAUGGGCUCCAGAGUCACACCUGAGGCGCUGCACUAUGACUACGUAGAUGUGGAGACCUUGACCAGUAUUGUCAGUGCAGGGCGUAACUCCUUCCUAUAUGCAAGGUCCUGCCAGGAUCAGUGGCCUGAACCCCGUGUCUAUGAUGAUGUUCCUAUUGAGAAGAUUCAGGAUGAGGAGCCCCGACCAACAGGGGCCCAAGUGAAGCGGCAUGCCUCCUCUUGCAGUGAGAAGUCCCAUCGUGUGGACCCGCAGGUCAAAGUCAAGCGCCAUGCGUCCAGUGCCAAUCAGUACAAAUAUGGAAAGAACCGAGCUGAGGAGGAUGCCCGGAGGUACCUGGUAGAAAAAGAGAAGUUGGAGAAAGAGAAAGAGACCAUCCGGACGGAGCUGAUGGCACUGCGGCUGGAGAAGAGGGAAGUUAAAGAAGCGAUUCGGAACAAUCCAGGCACAAAACUGAAGGUUCUGGAGGAAACAGUGGCCAACCUAGAAGCUCAAUGUAGGGCAAAGGAGGAACGCCGAAUUGACCUGGAGCUGAAGCUGGUGGCCGUCAAGGACCGCUUGAAGCAGUCCCUGGCAGGGGGCCCAGCCCUGGGGCUCUCCGUGGGCAGCAAGAACAAGAAUGGGGAAACGUCAACUAAAUCUCAGAACAACACUGCAGAGCAACCACUCCCUGUCAACUGUGUUUCUGAGUUACGGAAAAGGAGUCCAUCCAUCGUAGGCUCCAACCAAGGAAGGGUGCUACAAAAGGCUAAGGAAUGGGAAAUGAAGAAGACCUAGAAAGAAGAUGAGGAUUUCACACAAAGAAAUAUCAGCUUGACCAUCCAAGGCAGAAAUGCGUUUUUUUCAUAAAGAAACACCAAAGGACCUUACUUCUUGGGGCACACAAGAGCAGCCUUUAUUGUCUGCAUUAUUGUGGGGUAGGGGGGGAAGAAGAGAGAACUGAAGGGAAUUCUUAUGAUUUAACAGUGGGUAGGAGUAGGGUGAAGGGAGAUGAAAUUUGCACAAUUGUAAAGAUUUUGUUAAAUGCCUUUGCCUUCCAUUCUCAAGAAAUGAAAGUAUAUGUGAUAAAUCA